GUUUGAGCUAGUUUUUGUUCCAAUGGAACAUUAAGGUUUGCUACGCUGUAAUAGAACGUAGUGUUUGAAUCUUAUACCAACAUACAGUAUUUUUCUUGCUCCGUUUUGGAACAGUUCCCUCUUUAUUUGAACAAAUACGCAAAACAGCCAUGCCUAAAAGGAGCAAAGCAAACGCUGAUGUUGAGGCAGCAGAGCCUAAGAGGAGAUCUGAGAGAUUGGUAAAUAAACCUGCAAUUGCAAAGGCAGAACCCAAGCCAAAGAAGGAGAAGGCAGCACCUAAGCCCAAGAAGGCUAAAGAGGUGAAGAAGACCGAGCCUGAAGAGAAGGAGGUGCCCGCAGAGAAUGGAGAAGCCAAAGCUGAGGAAGAGGCACCAGAAGAACCUGAACAGAAAGAAGAGGAAGAGGCGGCCGAAUAACAUCUCUCAAACCACAUCUUUUAUCAGUGCUCCCUGUACCUCUUUUUCUUGUACAAUUCAGGGGUAUAUUUUUAUCGACUAUUUUCUAAAUGCAGGUUUUUUAGUAGUUUGAUUGUAGAAACACAUUUUUUUAUGAAAUAAAAAAUACAAUUGGAGAUGGGGAUUUCAUUGCAUCCCAUGUUUUUACAUCUCUGGAACAAUUACGGUCAUUGUAAAUGUCAACGGUUUUUAUUUUCGAUAUGGGAGAGGGGUGGGAAUGGGACAGGUUACUACACCAAGAACAUGCAAGCACGUCGUUUACAGGAUCCGGUCAAAACAACAGAGCUUGUCUGAGAGACUAACAUUCCAUAGGCUAUAUGAGGGACGGUAUAUGUAACCUGCAUUGUGUGGUGGGGAUGAAUUAACUCAAGGGGGAACACAUUGUUUUAUUGUUUAUAAUGAGGAAAACAUUUUAGAAUGUUUAAGCUGUGUUCCAUAUGUUAACUCUUGUACUCAUUAUGUUUUUCUUUACCAUUCUGCUUAAUAAACCUAUUCCCUAGUACUGGGGUUCCUCCCUAUCAGGCCUGUGCAUUGGGUGUAAUUGGUUGUCUCUGUUCUGUGAUAGCAUUGCAAUAAAUUUGUAUAGCUGCUAUUAAAAGGGGUUUUCAACUUUC